UUGGCCUUCAAUUUUCGAGGAUUCUCUUGCAUUUCGGGGAGGUUUUGCAAUGUUCAAGUGAAGUGAUAAAUUCUAAAUAAAUGCUGUGACAUCUGUUUAUAUGAGCUCGUGUUAAAAUGACAUCGAGAAGCAAAAAUGCUGUUCGCAGCUACGAGACAGACAUCGAAAAGAGCAGAGAAGAGUCCAAUUGGAAGAAGGCAGUGGAAUUGGCCCAGCAGCUCAAGGCUAGGUCUCCACAACACGAGAGCCUAGCCCACUUCCUCAUAGGGGAAGGCAAGCUAGAAGCCUAUCUGGACGAAUGGCCGCCCAUAAAAGAAAACAUAGAGCGAGCGCAGAGAGAGCUCUCCGAUCCCAAAGGCUACUUGACGUUAGCAACAGAUGAAGCUGGCAAGAAGGCGGGCGUGGCGUUAGACGCUCAUCUCCUGCUUGGCAAGUUGCACUUUGCAUGUGGGUCUUAUGACGAUGCAUUGAAACAUUACAAGCUUGCGGAAUUGAACACUUUGACAGAGAAGGAGCUACCUGUCCGAAGUCUUCGAAUAGUAGCAGAGUCGUAUGCGAUAAAGGGAUUAUGCUUAGAACAGACUACAUUACCAGCAGCUACAAGUCGAUACAAACAAGCUGAAAUAGAAUCUGAGUUGAUACGCAGUUUCGAACUAGCCUCCGACCUAACAUUACUGUACCUACAACGCGCGUCGAACGCCCGCGCGGGCGCGACGCUCGAAACAGCGCUACAGAGGGCGCCGCUGUUGCACAUACGAGCUGGCAGGUUGAGCUGUGCUAUAGAUAGGUACCGAGAAAUGCUAACAGCAGUAGAGUCGGUAUCAACACAGGCGUUACGGUUGACGCUCGCAAGACAACUUGCUGAGGUUCUCAUGAGAGGAGUCACGGGACAGGUAUACAAAGCGCCACAAAAGAUAUCUCUCCCCGCUCAGUCACAAGGCACGCUGUCCCGGCGGAGGGACGACCACGUGGCCGAGGGGCCGUGGAAACCCAAGAAAUAUGCUGCUAUUAACCAGUUCGUGCCGCGCAACGAGUACGAGGAGGUGCUGCUGGUGCUGGUGGUGGGCGAGGCGAUGGCGGUGCGCGACGCGGUGCUGUCGCAGAGCGCCGAGUUCGAGCUGGCGCGCGCGCACUCGCUGCGCAACGCGGCCGCGCUCUGCGACCUGCUGGCGCUGGCCGCGCUGCGCUGGGGGCAGCUGGCGCUCGUGCUGGAGUCGCUAGAGCGUGCAAUGAAGUUCUCGUUCGGGUGCGCGCACAUCUGGCGGCAGCGCGCGCUGGCCACGGCCGCCGCGCCGCGCCCCGACCCCGCGCGCGCGCUCGCACCGCUCGCCGCGCCGCCGCCCGCGCCCGGUAGUAGUGCAUGGAGCGCCCUAGUCCGCGCUGCAGGAGUAGCUCGCCGCGCGGCGCCGCUCGUGCCGCGCGAUGCUCCGCUGCGGCUUGUAGCUGCGAACACGUGCUAUCGAGCCGCGUGGAUAGAGGAGGGCAUACAGUUCGCGGAAGACGCGCUUCGAAUAGAGCGAGAGAAGGAGCGACCCUCCGCCAUGCUGGCCCGGUGCUACCUGCACUGCGCUAUCGGGCAUCAGAUGAAGGCACAGAAAACAAACUGCCGCAUCGAGAAGGACAGUGAAAACGACAUAAGCCUCAAGUAUUUAGUGAAGAGCGUGCAACUGGACGACAACGAUCACUUGGCGUUCUAUCACCUCGCGCUGCAGUAUAUGUACAUGGGCAUGCUUAAUGAGGCUAUGGACGCGACGCGCGCGUGCCUGUCGUGCCGCGCGGAGUGCGGCGGCGGGCUGCGGCUGGCCGCCUCGCUGUGGUCGUGCGCGGCGGCCGGGCCGCGCGGCGCCCGCGCGCUGCACGCCGCCCGCCUCGCGCGCCACCACUACCCCGCCGCCGAGUGGCCGCUGUGGACGCUCGCCGCGCUGCAGGCGCUGUGGGACGGCGGUGAGGCGGCGCUAUCUACAGGCAAAGAGCUGCUGAAGCUCUUGAACAGCGCAGAGGAGGAGGGCGAGCCGCACUACGCGGACCUUGAUGCGCUUUCUGACUCGCUGCAUGACGACUUACACAGUAAUAGGGACGCCGCGUCAGUGCGUGCGGAGUCAGCGGGCGCGUACAGACUGGAGCGGGCGCUGUCUGAAGGCGCGUCGUCGAUAUCGGCGCCGAGACGAUCGCCUCUAGCUGACCAUCGCGCGCAGGCGUGGUUGCUGCUCGCUGAUUUGUGUUUGAGGUUGGGCAGAUCGAGUGCUGCAGCGGGCUGCGUGUCGGAGGCCGCGGCGCUCACACCUUUCAGCCAUCUUGUUUUAUAUACGCGCGGACGAGUGCACAGCGCGGGCGGCGAGUGGGAGGAGGCGCGACAGUGCUACCAGAACGCGCUCGCUAUACACCCCACGCAUAUUGACAGUAUGGUGCAGUUAGGCGGCGCGUACUACGAGCUGGGCUGGCUGCGGCUGGCGGAGCGCACGCUGCGGGACGCGGGCGCGCUGCAGCCGGCGCGCGCCGACACGUGGCGCCGCCUCGCGCUCGUGCUGGCCGCGCUCGGCGACCCGGCCGCCGCUGCCGACGCGGCCGCCGCGGCGCUCGCCCUGCACCCGCUGGCGCCGCUCUGCCCCGCGCUCUGACCGGAGUCCAACUGGGUGGGGGGGUAAGUGCACUGCCAAAAGCGUCACGUGACGACGAACUUAACUAUUAAAUAAGGGUUAUGUUAAGAGAAAGUUCAUGUUAACUCGAGUUGUAUCCACAACGAGCCACGAAUAACCGUAAUAUGAAAUAGAAACAUAGCUGUGAGUGGGAUAGAGAUAGCAAUACAGCAAGUGCGUAUGUGUGAGCUAGACAGCUAUAUACAAUUCUAUUCUAUAUUUGUAAAGGUUAUAAAAUUGCGCAACGAAAUUCAGUUACCGAUUUUAGCCGCUAACUCUGUGACUAAAAGUUUAUUUUGUGUGUGCGAUUAAAAAUAAAUUCUAAAAAAGUUUCCGUUAACUUUUUUCGUACGCGACAUACAACAGUUUUAAAUGAAUGUAACUAGAUGGCGUUUUAACAAAAAACAAAUAUGUGCUGUGAAAAUAUAAA